AUGAACUUUCCAGACGACCUCCUGUACACCCAGCGGCAUUUUCCUCUGGCCACCUACCCUGGAUGGGUGCUAGAGCCACACAUCCACGAUGACCAGUACGCUUCAUUUCCCAAUGUGCAUCCGAGGGAUCAUCAGAUGCCAACCAGUUACAUGAGAGCUGGCACUGCUCAGGGGCAAUUCCCUGAUGACACCGGGUUCGGAUCCGUUCCCGGCGUAGACGUGGCCUCCAGCAGUGCGGGUUACGCGCAGGCCUGCCUUGACACUCUGGUGGCUCCUGUUGGAAUAUACAGCAGCGCAAUCAGCACCCAUGUGGGGAAAUACGGGUCGCACAAACAGCAGGGCUAUGAUAAGCAUGGCGGCGAUGCGGUCAUCUCCCUGGAGGCUGGCUGCCGAAACCCAGACCAUGCAAAGGCAACAUAUAUAUACAACAACGGGCGCAACGGGAACCAUCUCCCGAUCGACAUCCGACCUGAUACUUCGCUGUCAGAGGCUUUGCCCGCUCCAUUCGUGGAAGUUCAAGUAAGGGAAGACAAGGAGAGCUCGAGCAGAAAUGGAGAGAAGACUAGGAAACAGAAGGGUGGGCUCCACGGAGAGGGACCGCAUAUCUGCAAGGUGGAUGGCAAAGUCUUUCGGCAUCGCGGGGAUCUGGUACGCCACCGGAAGACGAAACUCGGCCACGCAGAGUACCAGGGUCCUGUCAUCUGCGUCUGUCUGCAGGAGUUCAGUCGUCGCGAUGGUCUGCAUACGGACUUGAAGGCGAAGAGAUGCCAUGGUCCUCUUUCCUCUUCGAGAUGA